AUGGGGAAUUUGGCCCAAUUAACCGAUAUGCGGACUUCUGUUGAUGAGUUGACUGUGAGAGUCACAGCUUGUGAGAGAAAACAGGGGGAGACCUCUGAGAUGACGGCCUUAAAAGCCGAAGUAGCAGAUCUGAGGAAGGACGUAGACUAUCUAAAGUCUAUGGACUUCAAUUCAUUAAUAGGGGCUGCUAAUGAUGAAGAUACCCUAGAGACUUCCAUGAUUCCUCCGGCUACCACCGAAGAUUUACAAGGGGAUGGCAUAGCAGAUGAGGAGUCGGAUGCAGAGACCGACAAGGAGCAGAUGGCAAUGCAUGAUGAUGAGAUGAUAGAGAGACGAGAGGAGAGCAUAUUUAGAGAUUUUCCAGAUCUGGUGGAGACGAUUGUCUAG